CACACAAAAUCUGCUGUAGAGUUGCACUGCUUGUGUUUUUUAUAUUUAUUUUGGUUUUUUGUUGGCGUAAGUCAUGUACAAAAAUGCACUGAAAGGUGGCAUUCGGACGGCCAAACAGGCUUGGAAGCUAAAAAACGAACUGGGCAAACUCAACUUGGAUUUGGCCAAGGCAAACUCCGAUUUCGAGCAACAUUUGUGCGAAGCUGCCAGAUAUAUCCAGUGUUGCUAUUUCCCUGCCACCCACAACCCUUUAUUGCUACUAAAAACGCCUGGCGAUAACAACAACACCAACAGCUCCUUCCACGACAACUGCAAUAUUGUUGCUAACCAUUAUCGGAGUCAAAAUAACCCCCUGGUUAACUUGCUCACAAGAAGUGCAGCAGAUAAGACCCAACUAAACCCACUUUUCCGAGCAGAAAGCGGCCACCUCAACGCGCUUAUCUCAUCGAAGCAAUUUGUCAAGGUGCAGAAGCAGUUCUACAGGGAUUACUCUUCUGUUUCGCUUGGAGCUCCUCUGAAAAGUAGUGACGCCCCUCUAUUGGGGGAUCUGUGUAGCCAGUAUCGUGCCAUCUUAGCUCACACAUCGGCUGACGUGGUUCCCGGUCAGGAUCGCCAUCAUCCAGGGUGCAAUCACCAGCAAAUUCGGCGAGCACACCAGCAAUCGCAGUUACUUGGCAAGGAGGAGCAACUGGAGCAGGAGCAAAAAAUGGCCCAGAAGCCAAAGUUUGAGCGAUUGCCCACCAAUGUGGUUCCGCGUCACUACGAACUCCUGCUGCAGCCCAAUCUCGAGCAGUUUACCUUUAAGGGCAAGACCAUAGUGCAAGUCAAUGUCAAGGAGCCCACUACCCAGAUAACCCUGAAUGCCCUGGACAUUGUUAUUGACUCCGUGGAGUUGCACUUUGAGUGCAGCAAGCUGAAGCCGGAGAAGAUCGUGUACUCGGCGGAGAAUGAGACGGCCACGUUGGAAUUCGUUCAGGAGAUCCCAGCGGAGACGCAGGGUGUGCUGCACAUGUCCUUCACCGGGGAGCUAAACGACAAGAUGAAGGGCUUCUAUAGGAGCAAGUACUUCGGACCGAACGGCGAUGAGCGCUAUGCGGGAGUCACCCAGUUCGAGGCCACCGAUGCCCGUCGCUGUUUCCCCUGCUGGGACGAGCCGGCCAUCAAGGCCACCUUUGACAUUACACUGGUGGUGCCCAAGGAUCGCGUGGCACUUUCCAAUAUGCCGGUCAUCAAGGAGGACUCCCUGCCGGACGGUCUGCGGAGAGUGAAAUUCGACCGCACUCCUAUCAUGUCCACCUAUCUGGUGGCCGUCGUCGUGGGCGAAUACGACUAUGUGGAGGGAAAGUCCGAUGAUGGCGUCCUUGUCAGGGUUUUCACUCCCGUUGGCAAACGCGAGCAGGGCACCUUCGCCUUGGAGGUGGCCACCAAGGUGCUGCCCUAUUACAAGGACUACUUCAACAUCGCCUAUCCGCUGCCCAAGAUGGACCUUAUCGCCAUCUCAGACUUCUCUGCAGGCGCCAUGGAGAACUGGGGCCUGGUCACCUAUCGCGAGACCUUCGUUCUGGUGGACCCCAAGAACACCUCGCUGAUGCGAAAGCAGUCGAUUGCCCUGACAGUGGGUCACGAGAUUGCCCAUCAGUGGUUCGGAAACCUUGUGACCAUGGAGUGGUGGACCCACCUAUGGCUAAACGAAGGAUACGCCUCUUUCGUGGAGUUUUUGUGCGUGCAUCACCUGUUCCCAGAGUACGACAUUUGGACGCAGUUUGUAACGGACAUGUAUACGCGAGCCCUGGAGCUGGACUCCCUGAAAAAUUCGCAUCCCAUCGAGGUGCCAGUGGGUCACCCAUCCGAGAUCGACGAGAUAUUCGACGAGAUUAGCUACAACAAAGGUGCCUCCGUAAUUCGCAUGCUGCACGACUAUAUUGGCGAGGAUGACUUCAGGAAGGGAAUGAACCUCUAUCUCACCCGUCAUCAGUAUGGAAACACCUGCACUGAGGACUUGUGGGCUGCUCUGCAGGAGGCCAGCUCAAAGAACGUCGGCGACGUGAUGACCUCGUGGACACAGCACAAGGGCUUCCCGGUGAUCAGCGUGGAGUCGGAGCAGACUGGUAAAAACCAGCGUUUGCUGCGUUUGAAGCAGUGCAAGUUUACGGCUGAUGGCUCGCAGGCGGAUGAGAACUGCCUUUGGGUGGUGCCCAUCUCGGUGUCAACUUCGAAGAAUCCCUCAGGAAUUACAAAGACUUUCCUGCUGGACAAGACCUCAAUGGAGGUGACACUCGAUAACGUCGAUGAGGGUGAUUGGAUCAAGAUAAAUCCAGGAACGGUGGGCUAUUACCGCACUCGCUACUCGAAAGAGAUGCUAGAAAAACUGAUGCCAGCCGUGGAGAUGAUGGAGCUGCCGCCUCUGGAUCGCCUCGGCUUGAUCGACGAUAUGUUUGCCAUGGUGCAGGCGGGGCAUGCGAGCACUGCCGAGGUCCUGGCUCUCGUCGAUUCGUACAGGAACGAGACCAACUACACGGUGUGGACUGCGAUCACUAACUCGCUAACCAACCUGCACAUCCUCAUCUCGCACACUGAUCUUAUGGAGGACUUCCACCGCUUCGGUCGGAAUCUGUACGAGCCGGUUGCCUAUCGCCUGGGCUGGGAACCGCGCGACGGAGAGAAUCACCUGGACACUUUGCUCAGGAGUCUGGUGCUCACUCGCCUCGUCUCCUUUCGCAGCGAAGAUACCAUUGACAUUGCGAAAAACCGUUUCCAGGGUCACGUGAACGGCACGAAUCCGCUGCCGGCAGAUCUACGCACCACUUGCUACAAGGCUGUCCUGCAGGACGGCGACGAGAAGAUUUUCGAGGAGAUGCUGGAUCUGUACAGGGCCACGGAUCUGCAUGAGGAGCAGGAUCGCAUCUCAAGAGCUCUCGGCUGCUGCGGAGACGUUAAGCUGUUGCGCCGCGUCAUUGACUUUGCCAUGUCGGGUGAAGUGAGGGCUCAGGACUCUGUCUUUGUAAUUGUCGCCGUGGCCAUUAAUCCUAAAGGACGUGACAUGGCCUGGGAAUUCUUUAAGGAGAACAACAAGCAGCUGCUUGAACGCUACCAGGGCGGCUUCCUUCUCUCACGACUGAUCAAGUAUCUGAUUGAGAACUUCGCCUCCGAGGAGCGAGCCAAGGAGGUGGAGGAAUUCUUCCAGGUCAACCAGAUACCCGGAUGCGAACGCACUGUAUCGCAGGCGGUGGAGACGAUCCGUCUUAAUGCCGCGUGGUUGCAGCGGGACCGCGAGGAACUGGCCCUGUUCUUGAAGGAUGAGCAAUAGACACACUUGCGCUUGUCAGCAUACCAAAGCAUUUAACAACAAUCACCAGCAGUGUAACCACAGCAACGCCGCACCAUCAACAGCACCAGUAACACGUAACCAGGUCAUCGUAAUCUAAUAUAACUCGAUAACACCACACGACCAAAGCCGUCACAAAUGAAGUAAACCCAAGCGAACACCCAGAAGAUGAGAGCCAAAAAGGUUAGCUUUAGUCAAACAUCCACCUAUAGCCACUCCCCCAAAUGGGAGUAUACUAUAUAUAAAGAUUGACUAUUCGCCCUUUCGUAGGGACGGAUUCGGACACAGACCCCUAGCAGCAUUUAAGACCCCUAAGCUUACCGAAUGUGUAUUUCCAUUAUUCUUUUCUAUCCCCUUGAAAUUAUAAACGUGUUGAGUUUAUUAAGAUAAAUAAAUGCAAUUUCUUUAAGAGUCA